AUGCUGAACAGUCCAUUUCAAGGCAUUUUCGGCACGGCACAGGCGCAAGAAUACUUUUCGACCUUCUUUCAUCCCUCGACGCCCAUCCUGGGUGCCAUCAUCUCGACUUAUACUGCCGGCGGUGCCAUAGGCUGUCUCCUAUCAUGGCCAAUUGGCAGAUGGAGCGGUCGCUGCGGCACACUUAGGAUCGGCUCCUUGGUUGCAAUCAUCGGGACAGUAUUGCAGACUGCUGCGCAAGAUGUGGGGAUGCUCAUCGCUGGACGCCUGAUCGCAGGUCUCGCUAUUGGAAUCAUCUACUUCGCCAUUCCGCAGUAUCAAUCUGAACUUGCACCUCCUGAACACCGUGGGAGCAUUGUCGGUCUCCAUGCGCAAUUCAUUGGCUUUGGCUACGCCUUGUCGAAUUGGAUCGGUUUUGGCGUCUACUACGCAAAAGGCCAAUUUACCUACCGUUUUCCUGUUGGCCUACAGGUCUUCUGGGCGCUCGUCCUCCUCAUCGGCACAUUUUUUUUGCCGGAAUCACCUCGCUACCUCAUCGAGAAAGGGAAGUAUGAGGAGGCAUAUAAACUGCUGCAGAAGCUUCGCAAGCCAGAACACUUGGAAAUGACUAAAAAGGAAUUUGUCCAAAUACGUGACCAGAUUGUGUGGGAACAGGAAAACGAAGAAUCGUCCCUCAUUGGCAUCCUGCGCAAGCCUUCAUACCGAAGGCGGCUGAUAUUGGGUUGCGGAAUUCAGAUAGGUCAGCAGAUCUGCGGCAUAUCGGCUAUCAACUACUAUCAGACGAUCAUGUAUAAGUCACUCGGGAUCAAAGGUCCCACGGUGCUAGCACUUGCGGGCGUCUGGGGCAUUCUCGGACCACUUUCCAAUCUGCUGUGCCUUGCAUUCAUUAUCGACCGAGUGAAGCGCCGCACCAUUCUUUUCUGGGGUUCUAUUGGAAUGGGAAUAGAUAUUGCCAUCGUCAUGAUCAUUGUGGCCGUCUUCAGUGGCGGGCCCAACAAAGUGGCCAAUGGAUUUGGCAUCCUCUUCCUCCUCCUCUUCGACAUCAUCUUCUCCAUCAGCUGGAACUCGGGUUGCCCUGUCUACUGCACUGAGAUCUUCCCCACACAGAUCCGAACAACUGGUGGAGCUAUCGCAACUUUCUGGUCCUUUAUCAUCCAGGUCAUCUUGGCACAGGCGUCCCCAACAGCUCUGACCAAUGUUGGAUGGAGAUACUACAUCUUUUUCAUUGUCAUGAACAUCGUCACUGCAGCCUGCGUCUGGUUCUUUGUUCCCGAGACAAAAGGAAAGUCGCUUGAGGAGAUCAACGAGGUGUUUGGAGACUCCUUUGUCACAGUGCAUAUCGACGAAUAUGUUGCCGAGGAGAAGCUCGACCAGGCUGUGUAUCAGCACAAAGAGAUCUCUGGGCAGGUAGCGGCAUAG